GAUUGCAUAUAUGACACCCCCCAGAUGUGUCUACAAUGGUUGAGUCGUGAGAGCGCGAAAGUCAAGACUUUUGAUUCUUUAGUAGGAGCACUGAACAACAACUGAACAAGGCGAUAACUGUACAGUACGAGCCAAGUAAAGAAAUAUGAAUCCCAUUCUGGACGCGGACGAAGAGCAACAUGAAAGAAUUGAGGACACGGCAGUACACUUCAGAGGAUGUAUGAAGGAUGCUCUGGUGAUGUUAACCGGUCAGAAGACAGAUGGUCAGGGUGAAACUAUGAAGCCCACAAAUGAAGAUCUGAAACGUGAAAUAAAGGAGAUGGAGGAUGAUCUUAUUAGACAGACCAAAAUGAAUGGAAUCGCACUGACUGGUUGUCAUGUGAAGACAGUUGAAAAAAGUGGCACCAAAAUAGUUCAACAGCACAGGCUCACAGGCCAUUGCUCCACGUUGGCCUUCCAGGUUGAGUUUGAACUUACUGAUGUGAAGGAAGAUGGAGGUUUUAUGAGGAGCAUCACAGACCUCAAUAUUGUGAUGGAUGGCAAUGAGUUCACAGACUUCAGCGCUUUUGUCUCUGGAGCGGAGCGAAAUAAGAACCUACUCCUGUUUUUCCGGACCCUCAGGAGGUUUUCUGAGAGGUGUGAAGACAGACAUAGAACAUUCCAGCACUUUCAGGAGAAGUAUUCAGAUGUGGUCAGUCUCCCUGGUGGCUGGCGGUCAGAGGUGAUGCUUAUCCAGAACCCUCAGCUCCCAGGGUGUGGCCUCAUGAUCCACUGGAGCAUUGAGGUGACCACGGAGGGAGAGAUCACAACCGACAUACAACUGGUGACUAAACUGCCUGAAAAGGCCUGUCGGAUGGAUACCAGCAAUCUGAUAGAGAAUGUUCCAGACAUGUUCCAGAGUCUUCUGCGUGUGGUUGGAGUGGAGGUCUCCAUCGACUGCAUCAUCCAAACUGUGUGUGGCGCAUGACCAGCUAUUAAAGUAUACAACUCA